AUGAACGACAGCCUAAAUUUACCCCAAUAUAUCGGCAUUUUAACCGAAGUCCGAGCAGGCAAGGCUGAGUAUUUCGCCCGUGACAAACUCUCAGCCAUUAACAAAUACCCGGUCAAAGGCGAAGUCGCUGUCAACUAUCUUGGGCUAGAAACCGAUGAGCAAGCCGACCGCAGACAUCAUGGCGGAUAUCUCAAAGCUGUCCAUCAAAUGCCGAUUACCACUUAUGAAAAAAUCAAUCAACACUUUGACAUGAACGUGGCCAUUGGCACAUUGGGUGAAAACUUAUCCGUCACCACCGACUCUGAACCUAUGUCCGAGUCCAAUGUAUGUAUCGGUGAUGUUUACCGAUAUGGCGAAGAUAAUGCCGAUAGCGAAGGCAAAGCAACCAGUGUCAAACUGCGAAUCGUGCAACCACGCCGACCCUGUUUUAAAAUUAACGACCAACUUGGGCAUUAUGAAAUUGCGUCAUUUAUCACCAAUAACGGUAUUGCAGGAUGGUAUUUUCAAGUCGUGCAAAACGGAAAUUUAUCCGUUGGCUUGCCUGUCUAUCUUGUCGAGCGACCCUAUCCAUUUGCCAAUUUAACGACUUUGUGGCGAAUGGCAAACCAAAAAGAGAAAAUCCCUGUCGAAAUCGUCAAUCAAUGGCUUGCGAUUGAUUGCCUUGAAGAUAGCUGGAAAGAGAAACUGUAUAAAAAACGCUUGCUGUAG